GUCUACAGACAGUGACCGGUGCACCAGUGUCAGAGAUUGUUAGUCCACUGAAAAGAGAGGGUGGUUGUUUCGCUUUGGCGAGCUUCUGGAGAGCCAAGCAGGGUUUGGAGUCCUACGAAGCAGCCAAGAUGGCACGCAUCUCCCUCGUCGCUGCAGUGUGUUUACUGGGCGCGGUAUGCCACAGUCAAGCGGAAGAUGGCGUCCUCGUCAUGUCAUCCAUUGUAUAUCGCCAUGGUGAUCGAUCUGCCAUUGACACAUUUCCAACCAACACGGUCGGUGAGUCUGAUUGGCCGCAGGGAUUUGGUCAGCUAUCUCAAAGAGGUAUGAAGCAACACUAUCUACUCGGCCAGUACCUACAUGAACGCUAUCGCCUUCAGACGGGACUCCUCAACUCGACCUACUACUUGCGCAAGCAGAUGAAGGUGCGUAGCACUGACGUGGAUCGUACAUUGAUGAGUGCUCAGUCCCAGCUCUCUACAUUCUACCCACCGCAGGGCUUUCAGGUCUUUGAGCCCAGCCUGCCUUGGAUGCCACUUCCAGUUCAUACUGUACCCAAGCACAAUGAUUCGCUGCUGCGUGCUUACGACACGGCAGCCAACGCCUGCCCGCGCUACACCCAGCUCUACAAGGACAUGUCUUCACUGGACUACUAUCAACAAGUGCAGAAUGAACACCAGGAGUUCAUCGACGAUGUUGCUAAAAAGGCUGGUAUAGAUUAUGCCCUCAGCCUUGGCAACAUCUACACCAUCGAGGAUCCUCUCUUCUGCCAGAGAGAGCACAAUCUGUCGCGGCCUGCCUGGGCUACAGAUGAAGUACUGGACAAGAUGCACAGGCUGGGCAGUAUCAGCAUGGGGCUGAUGUUUCAGACGAAAGAGAUGCGCAUGCUUACGUCCGGUGUGCUGAUCAAUGAAAUGCUUGUCAACAUGAACAAUCGCAGUGUGGAGCUGGAGUUGCCCACUGAAAACCUCUUUGUCUACUCAGCUCACGACACCACUGUCACCGCAGUCCUACAAGGUCUGGACAUCUGGAACGGAGAGCAGCCACCGUACGCAUCCUGUGUCUUUAUAGAGCUUUACAAGCCAAUGGACGGCGGUGAACACUAUGUUCGAGUGUUGUUCCGCAACGAGACCGAUCGUAACGACACAGUGCCGGUUGACCUCACUCCAAAGCUACCGAUGUGCGGUGGCCAGACCCAGUGUCCCCUUAGUAACUUCACACGGUAUGGACUUGAUCUCUCUCUCUCUCUCUCUCUCUCUCUCUCUCUCUCUCUCUCUCUCUCUCUCUCUCUCUCUCUCUCUCUCUCUCUCUCUCUCUCUCUCUCUCUAUCUCUAUCUCUA